AAAGAAUUCCACACGCGUCACAACCACAUUUGACGAGUAUCCAGGUAUCUAUUCUCUUUUAAACUAUCCCAUUAAAAUAUUCAUUUUCCCACUUAUUUUCUAUUGUUUUUCAAAUUCCGUCAUUACACGGAAUCCCACACCAUUUCCAUUUCGUCUCUCCCGCUGAGCCGAAACCACACGACUCCACCCGAUUCAAUCCCUCAAGUUUAGGGGUGAAGUUAUUUUAAGGUCUGAUUUUGGUUAUUGGUUAUGUCCAUAUGGACAACAAUUCAGAAGGGUUUUUAUGUAUUUACGAUUUUGCAUUGAGUCGGUGUAUAUUUUAGUUCACCUGUAUCGAUUAUAUAUUGAUCGUGAUCUACGAAGAUGAGUAAAAGUAGCAGAACAGAAAGCCAUGAGAAGUACUUGGAUCAUACACACAAGUGAAUAAAUAUGGGAGGCUGCUGUUGUUGUUCUUCAAACCGUGUAGAAUGGGACAAUUCACCCCGAUUAUAUCAUUAUCCAGUAGUAUCAGAGGAUCGGCAGCCAUUAUCAGUACAUAGCGGUGUAGCUUCUGUUGUUCCUACAGGGCUUUUAGUCGAUACAAAUCUUGACACUUCCAUACCAGACACUUACAGACACCCACCAGCACCUUUACCAUAUGAAGCAAUUGUUGGGGAUCCUCAAACUCAAACUCAAACUCCUCUUGUUCAAACAAAUAGUUCUGAUUCUAUUGAAGAUAUAAAAAUCAGUAAUAAUGGUGAAAAUCUGGCUAAGGAAACCAUGGAAUCUGAUUGCAAAGACCAAAUUGAUAUCAAACUUGUUGCUACUGAAGAAGAUGAUGGCGAAGUCAAGAAGUCAAAUGCACCUUUUGUAGCCCCUGAGGAGUGUCCUACAUGUCUUGAAGAAUAUGAUGAAGAAAAUCCAAAAAUAAUCACAAAAUGCGAGCAUCAUUUUCACUUGGCGUGCAUUCUUGAAUGGAUGGAAAGAAGUAAUACGUGUCCUGUGUGCGAUCAGAUAAUGGAACUCAACUUUCCAAUCAACGACUAGCGGUGGAUAAAGGCUAGGCUAUGAUGUGGUGCAGUUUAGCGUUAAGACUAUGUGGUAUGGGCAACUUGAAGUGGUGUUAUAACAAGAAACAACAAGAUGAGGGGGUGGUGUUCAUGGUGUUAUAACACCAUGUUAAGAGGAGAGAGAUAAUUUGGCAGCCAAUAGAUGAUCACAUUUCUUCUUGUCAUGGAGGCAACAAGAACCACCACAACAAGAUGCAACAAGAAUGAGGGGUGGUGUUUUUGAUGUUGUAACGACAUUAUGCGCUGCCAACUCAGCCACAACAAGAACCAACAUGACCCACACCGUAUGCUCUAAAAAUGCAAACUGCCUAGCAUAAUUGGUUUGAC